UUUCUCUUCAAACAACCGUUCUAGUAAUCAGAACGUUGUAUAAUUUAAUCAAAUCCCAGAUUCCAGAAAACUCAUUCAGUCACUUAUUAACAAAUGGGCGAGAAAGAGGGAGAAAAGAAUGGUGGAGAUAACAAGGUUGCGCCGGCGCCGCCAGCAGCGGAGAAGAAAGACGACGUUUCGGUCACCGCCGUUUACAAGAUCGACUUGCAUUGCAAAGGGUGCGCCACGAAAGUCAAAAGAGCCGCUCGUCAUUUCGAUGGUGUGGAAGAGGUGAAGACAGAUUGUGAUGCCAACAAAUUGACGGUAAAAGGGACCAACGUAGACACCACGGCAAUCAGGGAGAAAUUGGAAAAAAUAAUCAAGAAGAAAGUUGAGCUGGUUUCUCCUCAGCCCAAAAAAGACGGCGGCGGCGGCAGCAAUAAGAAUCCGGAAGAGAAGAAAGCUGAAAAGAAAGAAGAGCCUAAGAAACCCAUAGAGGUACUUACCACGUGGGAUUAUUGAAUUAGAGAUUAGAGAUUGGAUACUAUUUUCAUUUAGCUUAGUUACUUCUUGGAAUAUUAUCUUAGUUUUAAAAAUUCAUAAAACUGAAACACUA